UGUCAUCAGCGUUGGAUUCACACUGGGACACAGAGGACAGACAGGGAGGGUUGUGUCCGCUUCAGAGGAAGGAUUUGCUGUCGUUGUGGCCGACAUACAAGGCGUAAAUAUACUGUAAUUGCUGGAGCCUUUUUGGAAUAUCAGCAGCUCUGAGGAUUUUUGCUGGACUGGAAUAGGAUCAAAUCUCCCAAACCACCAAUCCUCCCUCAUGAGGAAAGAUGGGGAAUGGAUUGUCUGAACAACCUAGCUUCGUCUCAAACGUCUCAUUCUUCCAGUCGUUUCACAUCGCCAUCCUUGGCCUGGACUCUGCAGGCAAGACCACCGUUCUGUACAGACUGCAGUUCAAUGAGUUUGUGAACACGGUGCCCACCAAAGGUUUUAAUGCGGAGAAGGUGAGAGUGUCUCUGGGCGGCCACAGGUCUGUAACGUUCCACUUCUGGGAUGUAGGUGGCCAGGAGAAGCUACGCCCCCUGUGGAAGUCGUACACGCGAUGCACGGACGGCAUCAUAUUCGUGGUGGACUCUGUAGAUGCGGAGCGCAUGGAGGAGGCCAAAACGGAGCUCCAUAAAAUCGCCAAGACCUCUGAAAACCAGGGGGUGCCCCUGCUGGUGGUAGCCAACAAACAGGACUUGAGACACUCUUUGGGACUUGCUGAAAUUGAGAAAUUACUGGCUCUGAAAGAACUGGGCCCUGCAACUCCCUGGCACCUGCAGCCAACCUGCGCUAUCAUAGGCGAUGGACUAAAGGAGGGCUUGGAUAGACUCUAUGACAUGAUCCUUAAAAGGAGAAAGGUGCAGCGGCAGCAGAGGAAAAAGAGAUAGACUUGUUCUGAAAGACAAACAUGUGAAAGACUCGACUGUUCUUAUAUGUGAAGGAUAUUGUCCUGGGUGGAUAGAGGCAUCCGCUGCAGGUCCUGAUUCAAAGUGCUGAGUUUUAUCAGUGAAGAACAGAGAUUUAUGACUCCUGGUCUUGGUCUUGUGAUGAUGCUGUUGGUCAGAAAGUGACACUUAAAGGAAUAUAGUAUGAAGAUGAGAAAGUUUCAGACAUGUGUGGAUAUGAUAUACAAGGUUUAUAUGGAUUUAAACGCACUAAGGGUUCGGGGUCUGGAAGGGUGAUAGAAGUAAAGGAUGCUGUAUGUUUCAGAAAUGGCUGUUCCAAAUAAUAUCACCAAAACUACUUUGGGAAAAGGCUUUGACAAGUUGAAGGGUUAUUUGGUAAAUAUUGAAAAGUGUUUUAUUUCACUGUUUAAUAUGUAAUUAUUAUAUCUUAUUAUUCUUACACUGGACUUUCUUUGUGAAAGAAAAGUAUUAUCGUGCACUAUUGCAUUAUUAUCGACUUGCUUGCUGUCUUAUAUCAUUUUUUUAUAAGCACUUUAGAUUUCUACUUCAUAUGAAGUUUACAGUUUUUAAAUACAGCAUAUUGUGUUUGAUUCAACAGCAAUGUUUGGGGAAAAAUACAGAUGCUACUGUAGUUGGUCCAAUUUGACCACAUUGUCAUUAGACAAGUUGUGCAUUAUGUUUUGCUUAAUAAAGCAUUUAGAGCAAUGUGGCAGUAUGGAGGGUGUUAUUAUGUCAACUUUGUUGUUUAUGAGUUUAAAAAGGAGGUACUCAAAGAUGUCAAUGUGCCCUUUAAAAAAAGGCACUAAACCAGCAGUGUCCCCAGGGGAGCUGCUGUAUAGCUAACAUUAAACGUUGUGCUGUCACCCGUGUAUGUAAUGCAAAGGGUUACCGAGAAAAAAAACAUGCUCAGUCAACCUAUCCUUAAAAUGUCCUCAGUUUCAUUUUAAAGCAACAUGCUCGCUCAUGUUCACACAGAUACACACCCACAACCUGAAGGUCCAUGUAAAUGAUUUAUGGCAGGUGUGAAGAGCAGUAGUGUCUGUAAUGGAAACGUUGACAUUCCUUUACCGUAGAUUUAUUUCUCACAAAAAAUACACACUAAACUGGAACAAUUUGCAUAUUGUGUAAUGAGAAACAUGUACGCAUACAGAUGUUACACUGCUGCUGUCAGCCAUACAAAUACUUAAAAAUGACCCAAAGCUCUUCACCAUCGGCUGCUGCAGUGUAAAGGGUUAAGCGAUGUAUUCAUUCAUCACAGACAGAAUCAGGACUUGGAAAUGUUGUCAGGGCGGUCUGAAGACCAGACCCAGUGCAACUGGCUGGGGCAGGACACUGUGAAGCCAGGGGCAUUGCAGAGUAUUUUUGGACUAAGCUGGGUGGAUACGUAGCUCAGUGUUUUAACGCCAUUUGCUCUCCCAUUCCUUUGAAACAAUUAAUGACUGAAGCCCGACAGGCCCCUGCAGCAGCUGGCAUUCAAAAAAUAACUGUGAUUCAGAUUUGCACUGCUCACAGGCUGAAUGGCCAAACAUCCUCACCAUAUAAAUAUCUGUUCCAGUUAAAUGUGAUAAUUAUGGCCUUGAUUUUAGGUGUUGGUGCUGUAUCUCAGGGGGUCUAUUGCAUUUGAAAAUAAAAAAUACAUAUCCUUCGCA